AGAAGACAGACAGUCACGACCAGGGCCAAAUUAUUUGGGACCGAAUUCCAUGUGUUUACUUUGGCGCGCCGUUGCCACCGACGACCGAACUUUUUGUCCUGGGUAACUUCCGCGGUAUCCCUGACCUUUGGAAGCUUUGUAUCCAAAGAAAAAAAAAUAAGGGAGGACCAUUUGACGUCGUCCCGCCCUCCUCUACUCUGCUCUCAACCAUAAGACUGUCCAUCCACCCAUCAACUCCCCAAGACAAAUGUGAACUUCCUAACACACCAACAUCGACGCGCACGUCGACCGCCCCGUCAUCAUGGAUCGCCGAGGAAACGAAUCGCCAAUGGAAUGGGAAUUUGAUAACAAACCGCCCGUGGAUCACACAAGUCCCUUUGCUUCUUUACUGUCAAAGCAACCACCACUAUCUUCGUUCAGUUCACAGCCAUCAAAGACUAGCAACCCCACGUUCGGAGCCACCUCAGCUGCUCCCCAAAGCAACGUUGUCAACGAGCACCGCGAUACCCUGAAACCUCCUAAUACAUCCUUCAAUCCCCAACUACACAAUAAGCCAACGGCGCCCCAGUUCCGAAACCCCGCCUUUACGACACCUCAGAAGCGACCCGAUGAGCAGACGCUAGAGUCGCCCUCAGAGGCGAGUCCCGCCAUGACGGACAUCUCUGAAAUGCCACCCGACACGCCAGAGACCAUGUUCGAUGACAGUUUCAGAAUCCCAGCUACGGCUUAUACACCACUACAAGCAGGCAAGGCCAUGUUCAGCAGGCAAUAUUUUCAAAAUGGGCGUCCUCGACAAGUAAGGAAGCGGAAACGCCAGCGCGGCGACCGAGACGUUGGAAGCGUACGAUCUCGCCUCGACCAUGCAUCCGACGAAUCUGAUAAUGACUGGGAGGAGGGCGUACGGCCUGGAAGGAGGCGGUCAUCGACAGACAAGAAUGCCAGUUCUGGCUGGCUUACCAGCUUCCUCGACACCGUCAGCAAAUACCCUGCUGCUCCGGCGGUGCUCUCGAGAUGGCUACAGUUCGUCAUCAACACGUUCUUGAUCGGCGUUAUCCUGUUCGCAGUCUUCAGUUGUGUGAUGGCUGUACGCAACGAUCUUUCGCGGGCUGCUGACAGGGCUCGGUCAAAUCUGAUGCACGAAAUAUCGCAAUGUACAAGCAAUUACCAUAAAAACUUGUGCGCUCCCAAGUUGAAUCGAGCACCGGCUUUGGAGUUGCCCUGUAACGAAUGGGAAGCGUGUAUGAAUCAGGACCCGUCGACUGUGAUGAUGACCCAGAUCUCAGCAAGGAAUAUGGCCGAGAUAUUGAACGAAUUCUUCACUAUCAUAUCCUACAAAACCUGGGGUUUUAUCCUAUCAGCAUUCCUGGUCGCUAUCAUUGGUACCAAUGUAGGAUUCGGCUCCCUACGUGACUCCGGAGCUUUCAAACCAUCGUCUCCCCGGAAGCGUGCAGAACCGGCACCAGUAGCAGCGCCGCCGCCGACUCCCCUUCAUCCAAUCUUUAGCACCCCAGCGUUUCACAAUCCACAGCAGGCGUACAUCUUUGCGCCCAUCGAAACCCCGAGACGAGCUCGUCAGCAAUUUUUCGACGAGGCGACCGACACUGAUAAUUCCCCCGAUGUGAGAAUGAUGCUGCCUCCGCGAACCCCCCGAAGAAGUCCAAGCAAAGGGGAGAGAAGAAGGGGCUAGGGGUCGUGUUCACGGUUAGAGGGUUGUUGGAUGCUGGACUCUUAGGAAUACAUGUCACCAUUAGGUUAAUUUUAGGCUAGCAGGACAAUAUUGACAUGUUGGAUGCCCCGCUGUGUAACACCAGUCCAUAUUGGGUAUGUAUCUCUUGAAGGGUUGAGCAUCGAUUGCUUUAGGUGCUUCGGUAUACC